AUGCUUGAUGCAGGGUCUGUAGACAGCUCAGUCAUCCACAGCACCACCGGAUUUAGUUUUAGUUCGACUGGGUCUCUUACGUACACUCCAAACGGAAAUAUCAUAUCUGUGUCACCUUUUGGACUUAUCCGGCACACUUUGACAGCGACUGGGGCAAAGAUUGACAAAAUUUGUCAUCUCGGAGAAUACGACCAAGUGGUGACGGCCAUUCGCGCCCAUCCACGGGAAAGCAUUGUGGCAGCGGCGGUUUACGGAUCCACACAGGGCUCUAUUGCGAUAGUCAACACAGAUACCAUGGCGCACACUUAUGACAUCCCGUGGCCUUCUAUUUUUGGCGAGCCGUCGGGACUCUGCUUCUCCCAUGAUGCAAGCUUCUUGGCAGUCACCACUAGAUUCCCGGGAGCUGUGUAUUUUAUAAUGAUGGAGAUGGACGCACACGUUAUUGUUGCUUCCGUUGAAGGAUUUCUCCCAGACGGAGUGCCCUUUGCGCCCCAAUACUUUCUUGCAGAUCCGACAAGCCUCCUAUCUGACGAACCUUCGUUCAUUGUGGAGGCAGGAAUGGCAUGCAUUCAUUUAUCCCUGCGGAAGAAAUUCAACUAUGAUAAGGGGGAUCUCUCGCGGCUGUCCUCCAGCUAUACAUGCACUGCCCAAUAUGUCCUGAACAUGACUGGAGCAACGUCUGUCGACUUUGCGCCUUUCUACACUAAUAAUUAUCUUGUUGGAGGAUUCCCAGACUCUUCUAUUGCCCUCUGCGCCCUGCUAAGGCAUCCAGACAUACCCCACCGCAGUACUCUGACCAAUAAUACGUUCACUAAAUAUCUCCCAACUACUGUGUCCGGUGUAACCGCACGCUCGGGGCAAACAUUUGAGAAUAUGACUCUUGUCGAGUGUCUUGCGGCAGAUACUUAUGUUACAUUUAAAGAAAUAAAUAGGCGAAUCAACAUUCCACUCAUACUUCCUAAGAACGUUCCCACUCCCCGGUUUGGGGUGAGCUCUAUACGGGGAAUCGUAGGGGGAACUAUCUAUGUGCUCAUGAAGUCAGGAAUGUUCUGCUCAUUCUAUAUAUCCAGCACCGAGAAGAGAAGUGCUGAGCUGGAUGAUCUAAGUAGCGAGGAAAGCGAUACGGAGGGUCAGGGGCCUGAUGAUGUUAAGAGCACAGCCAAGAAACGUGAUGUUCGCUUUGAUGCCAUGGACAGGCCGGUAGAAGUCAAGAAGCCGCCACAGCUAGAAGGACACACCAUCGAACUGCAGACAGCCAUGAAAACCGGCUAUAUGAGUGUAGCUCUUAACUUUUCUGCUUGUGUUCUCUUGAAUGCGGACCUUGUCCUGUGUGACUCUGGAAAGAACGGCUCAGUGACUUCUAUCUUUUCCAGGGCAUCGUCAAUAGUCGAUGAGAUAACAUCUUGGAGUGAGACUAGGUCGAAUAUCACGCUUUGUUCCAUGACUGUGGAUCGUACGGAUCUCACGACUAUUGCAUGUGUGGUGUAUGACCCCGCCACAGGGUCUGCCUACCCCGUCUAUAUGAAUCUUCCCCAGGUUAAUAAUAGGACUGCCCUUCAGUGUGUCAUGCGCCCAAUAUGUGCGCCUUUCAUUUCUCUCUUUGGCUAUGUUCACAUUAACACUAUUUCUGGAGCAGUCCCCUAUCUCCGUCAAGUGUCUCAGACUUUUUCGUUUAUGAGCAAACAAGCAUCACUGAUUGGUUCUGAUACUCUCGCCUCCUCUACGCGAUCUCAGCCAUUGCUUGACCCACUGGAUAGCACAUCUACUGUAGAUGAUCCAGUUACUGGCUUUGAGACAGAUAGCCUUGUCGCACUGUUCGGGCAUUCUAGUCUGGCGCCAUUCAUUUCUAGUGCUGGCAGGCUAUCCACCCGAAUAACACUAGUCGACUCUAGCUGUGCCUUCAGCACAAGGAGAUUUGUUGUCGCUACAAGUGAUGGCACUGUUAGACUUUAUGAGUAUGAUGAUCAGUGUAUUUCGGUAGUUGCAGCAGUGAGAAUUAUAGAUACCAUUACCUCAAUUUCUUGCCAUCCCAUGGGAAAUAUUGUUGCGGUAGCGUGCACAGACAGCGUACGUCUCUUAAUUACUAACUCAGACUCUUUGGUGCUAGAGUACGAGAUUCCAAUUAAGCUAUCAACGUAUGUGCGCUUUAAUACAUCAGGCGGGAUCCUUUCUGUACUCAAAGGGAACGUUGUGUCUUUGUAUGACACCUGGACCAAGCACUGUAUCGGGACUCUCGAGGGUCACAAUGACAUGAUUGUGGACAUAUGCCGUCUACCAAACAAGCUCUACAAGGAUGUCUUCUUUGUGACAGCGGCGAAGGACGGCAUGCUUUAUCUUUGGAGCCAGGCUGGGGUACGCAUAUCUGAGAUAAUAGGCAGAAUUCGCUUUACGUCUCUUUCUCCGUACACUGCACCUAUACCUGAGUUUGGCAAAUACCCCCCUGUUUUAACAUGCGGAAAUGGCUGCAUUCAUCUCUGCGACUUUAAUUCUAAUUUGGUGUUAUUUACAGGUUAUUAUGAAGAAGAAAUAGACCAAAAUGUGGUAUGUCUGCGGCAUAUACUCUAUGACGACUACAGAGACAUAGUGUAUGCCUCAGACAUCGAUGGCCGUAUUCAUUCGCUUUUGUUUCCAGACAGCCUCAAGGACAAGUGUCUUCGCAUAAUAGAGAAUAGCAAGACGGGGAUGGUCGGGGUAGACUUGCAGCCAGAGCCGACACCCCUCCGUCAAGCAGAAAUGAAACUCCCAUAUGUCCGAUUUUCCACGUCUAUGAGUAUUGUGGAAACCAAUCUGCAGGCGACCUUUGGUGCAGGUCUCAUGAGCACAUACCGCUCGGGCAUCACCUCAACGGAUCGUCAGCUAACAGCAUCCUCUACGACCAAGCGGAAGACUCCCGUGUCUGUUCCAACGUCUUCAGAGACACAGAGGCAGAUAGAACAGCCUUCUGAUGCAUCGGACAUAGAUCUGCCCGAGGUAGCUGGGCCACAGAAGCAUCUCAUUGGAAAGAUAUCUCGAUCUUUUGAAGAAAUACAAAAGACAAAGUCUCCCUUGGUUGUAAGGCUUGCUCUUUCUCCAGAUCACAAAUAUCUUCUUGUCACUAGCACUAAUCAAAAUGGCUGUUUCACACUUGUCCUUCUUCCAGGCCCAUACAAGCCAUGCAUCCACAGAAAGUUUAGGGAGCUUGCCAGCGACAUCGGUGUCUUCAAGAAUGAGGAGGCUGGUUUCAUUGACACAGAUAUUUUGGUUGACGAAUCCUAUCUGUAUGUCUUGCGCAGAAUUCUUCUUACACUACUCGAUCGCACAAAAGAGGCCGAGCUAGAGUUUGAGCACACAGUUCGGAUAGUCAUCCAACGGCAUGAAAAGGCGGCAGAGGCCGAAAAGUCUCUAGCUGCUCAGGAACUGGAGAGCGCAAAGCAGCGAACAGACCUAUUAGUGAACAACGCCGAGCGAGAGGCAGAGCAAUAUGAGGCAGAGCUGCAUUCACUGGAUCGAAUGCACUCUGCAGCCCUAGAGAAAUUGGAAGCACAGUAUCGUAUUAAGGUGCAAGCCAGUCAUGAAAAGCAUGAGAAACUCAAGCUGGAUCUUGAAGCGUCCCAGACCUACUUAAAUGAUACGCUCGCUGAGCUCAUGAAGCAGCGUGACAGUCGUAUGGAAUCAACUUUUACAGCAUACAAUAGGGAAGAGGAAAUGAUCAAGAAGAAAUUGUCUAAACUCGAUUCUGAUCGCGCACAGCUACGCAAGGAGUACCAGGAGCUGCUAAGACAGAGUGACGAAGAUGCAGACGUCCAGCUGCAGGAACUUCAGUCUCGCUACAAUGCCCAGCUAGAAGAGCUCCAAACACGCACUAACAGCAUUGCCGCAGAAACAGGAAUGAUAAAGAAUAAGUUCCAGACAAUUGAAAAAUCAAUCCUAACCUAUCAAGGAAGCGUUGCUACGUGCGAGAAUACCCUUCACAACUUACAACAAACAAGUAACAGCCUCAAGGCAGAAAUACAACUUGCUCGGGCGGAGGCAGAGGCUCGAAAUGAGGCCAUCGUGUCCCGGGAGCGGCUUAUCUACUCCUUAAAGAAGGAGGCUAAAGAUCUUGAAAAGCAUCGCUUUGUCUUAGACUUCAAAAUUAAGGAGCUACGUAAGUGCAUAGAGCCACGAGAGACAGAGAUAAGCGACCUCAAAGAGCAGAUAAGGGAGCUGAGCAACGAGCUGGAGAAUUUCCACAAGGCUGCUGCUAUAUUGGAGAAUGUUAUCCAGGGACAUAAGGAUGAAAGCGCCGAGCUGAAGAAUAACCUUCUUCGUCUCAAGUCGGAUAACCAACUUCUUCGCAAUAAGCUUAUGCAUUUGGAGCAUGAUGUACAUGACUUGGCUGACGUGCACGGUAGCAUACCACUUGCCACUCUCAAGGAGAAGUGUCGGACGCUGUUCGAUCAGUAUGGUGGCUUCAACAUCAUAGAUGCAGACGCAGCUUCGGCCGCCAACGAGAAGGAGCGUCACCAACAGUACCUUGUCAAGGCAAUCAAUAUGCUCACCCGUGAACUCCAGAAUUCCAAGGAUGCAACAGUGACGGAGAACGCUAGGAUAGUGGAAGAGAAUGCAGAGCUGCUCAAAGAGGCUGCCGUGUUGCGGCGAGAGAUACAGAAGAUUUUGCACGGUCCCAUCACCCAACAAAACACGGAGAACAGCAAGGUUUUUGCUGCACGCCUCACUGCUCAGGAAGCAGAGAUCAAGCGGCUCAAGAAGCGCAUCGUUGAGCUUCAGAACGCCGAUGAUUAA